CUUGCCUCCCACGUGACUGGCGUGCCCCGGGUUGAGUGAAACAAAUUGGCCCAAUAACUGUAGGAAAGAUAACCUUUCAGUGUUUCCCACCCAGCUAGAGGUGUACUGAUCAGAAAUGCUAGGCAAUCCUUGCAUGUAUCGGUGCUAUACAUCGGAUAACUCUUCACCAACGUGAGCAAAGAUGAAGCUCCAGAUAUCAAGAUUGUUAUUGAAACGGGUACUGUAUCUACAUGUGCGUCGAUGUUUAAACAACACAGUGUCGCCAUUGACAGCUGACUUUAAUUCCAAACCCAGCAAGAAAUUCAAUUUAAUCGGAUUUAGAGAGGCAAAUGUUGGACUUUUCAAGAUUCCAGAAUUGACAGGUCCAGAGGGAUUUCAGAUUCUAGAAGAAAAAUGUAAACAGGAAGUGGCAAGCCUUGUGAAUGAAGCUUGUGACCCCCACAGAAAGAGAAAAAUGGUCACAAUCUUUGAUGAAAUGUCUGACAGUAUUUGUAGGGUUGCAGACAUGAUGGAAUUUUUGAGGAUAUCUCAUCCAGAUGCUGAAUAUAGAGAUGCAGCAGAAAAGACGUGCCUAACAAUGUCAAAACUUGUCGAGAAACUGAAUACAAAUCUAGCCAUCUAUAAAGCCUUAAAGUCUGUAGUGCAAAAUGGGGAUGUUCAAGAAUUGACUGACGUGGAUAAACGAGUGGCCAAUUUAUUCUUGUUUGAUUUUGAACAGAGUGGAAUACACUUGGAUGAAAGUGUGCGUGAACGAUUUGUGAAAAUCAACAAUGCCAUACUGAGAAUAUGCAAUAACUUCAUGCAUGCUACCCAGCAGCCUACACCUAGGAUGGACUUCCAAAUUGAUCCAGAACUUAUGAAAGGAGUGUCGGUGGAAGGUGGCGCAACAUUCAUUAACAGUUUACAGUCAGAGCAUUUUUCAGAAGCAAUACGAGAGGUAGCAUACAGAAUAUACCUUCACCCUAAUUCAUACACAGAGGAUUUGUUGACUGAUAUGUUACAGGGGCGCAAGUUGAUAGCCAAAUUGACCGGGUUUGAAACAUUUGCAGAGAGGGCUCUGAAGGGUACUUUGGUAGAAUCUCCAGAAAAUGCUUGGAAAUUUUUAGAAACAAUAGCAGAAAAUUUCAGAGAGGGGGCUAAACAAGAAUAUGAAAUAAUGCACAGAUUUAAGCAGGAGAAGAAGGAAAGUGAUAGCUUCUAUGUUAGAAAUGAUGAUAUAAUGCCAUGGGAUCCACCGUACUUUACAAGCACAUGCAGAAGAAAACUUUAUGAUGAAGAAAAUAUAUCAAACUAUUUCUCGUUGGGUGUGUGCAUGGAAGGACUCAACAUGUUGUUUCAAAGUUUGUUUGAUGUGACACUUGAGAACUUGCAACCAGAGGCAGGGGAGGUCUGGCAUUAUGAUGUCUAUAAACUGGCGGUGGAGCAUAGAACAGAAGGUACUCUGGGAUAUAUUUACUGUGAUUUUUUCGACAGAAGUGAUAAACCCAAUCAGGAUUGCCAUUUCACUAUACAUGGUGGUAGAAUGAAGGAAGAUGGAGAAUACCAGUUACCAAUUGUUGUACUACAUCUGAACUUCACGUUCCCAGGAACAUUCACCCCCACCCUGCUCACCCCAGCCCAGCUUGAGAACUUGUUCCACGAGUUUGGACAUGCGAUGCAUUCUAUGUUAGGACGGACCCAAUAUCAACAUGUCACAGGAACUAGAUGUCCUAUAGAUUUUGCUGAGGUACCUUCAGUAUUAAUGGAGUACUUCGUCUCAGAUCCAAGGGUGCUUACAUCGUUUGCCAAACAUUACAAGACUGGAGCUCCUCUGCAAGGUGUAACAUUACAGAAUUUUUGUAAGAGCAAGAGGCUGUUCCUUUAUUCAGAGUUACAGCUACAGGUGUUCUAUGCCCUGGUAGAUCAGGCAUACCAUGGUUCAUAUACUAAUCAGUUCAACCAAAAAACAACCACAGAUAUUCUACGUGAGAUACAGAAUAAAUACUAUGGCAUACCAUAUGUGGAAAAUACAGCGUGGCAGUUAAGAUUUGGUCACCUUGUUGGUUAUGGUGGAAAGUACUACUCCUACCUCAUGUCUAGAGCUGUAGCUUCUAGAAUCUGGAGACAGUUCUUCAAGGCUAAUCCUUUCAACAGAGAAAAUGGUGAGAGAUACAGACGUGAAUUAUUAGCCCAUGGUGGAGAAAGACAUCCUAGUGAACUUAUUGAAGCACUUCUUGGAGAGAAGCCAACAAUUGAGAUGCUUACAGACUCCUUGAUAGAAGAUCUCAAACAGCGGUCCCUUUUUCCAAUGUGAGAACUUCUACACGUCCGUUUGCCAGUGUACAUGUCCGUUUGCCAGUGAAGAUGUUUAACAAUACAAAGAAACACAGUUUUGUAGUGCAAGUGUUCUGUUGUACAACAGGAUGGUAUCCUGACCAGAAUGAAUUUGUGACAUGAUCAGCAGCAGGUGGCACAUUGUUGAUUAUAACCCAAUUUGUUGUUAGCGUGACAACAGCUGACAAGUGGACAUUUUGAGAAAGUUAGCAUCUGGCUACUUUAAACAACUAAUUUCUCUUAGAAAGUGCAGUUUGAUUGAUACUUUGGUUCCAGGUAUAGAUAGAGACAUGCUGUGUUUUCUAGAAUUUUGGACCAAAAAAAACCAAAACACAACACAUUGAUGAGCAUUGAACUCCAAGACAGAUCAUACUUUUGAAUUGCAGCUGAGAGCUAACAUGAUUUGUAAAGCCAGUUUUGAGUUAUCUUCAGCAUAUUACCUUAUAGUGACUAUAAUAAAUUCAUGAUCAACAAAGUGCGUGGUCAUCUUGAAAUUUUGUUAGUUUUUGAAAAUAAGUUAUUCCACAUACUUUGAAAUAAGAAUGAAUUCAUAUAGAAUAGAUGUCAGCAAUGGGUGACAAUUAUGUAAUGUGAUUUUAUCUUGCCUAAUUGUAUUAUAUGACAGUUUAACCUUGUUUGUUAUCAUGUAUAUUUACAGCUAGGUUGACUUGCAAAUUUAUACAAAUGUACAUUUUUUGGUCAAAAGUUCGACAGAAGUGACUGUUAUAGAUUAAAGCUGUCCAUUUUUAUGCAUACACUUAGUAUACAUUUUAUCUUAAUGAUCAUUACUUGAGAUCUUUGUCAUUAUGAAGAAAGAUUAGGUAUGUCAAUGUGUUUGACAGUAGAAAGUUGAAGACACUUCUACAUAGACAUAAAACAGUUGUGUCACAUUAGGUAUAAAAUAGAAUGUGUUUGAGAGGCUGAAAUAUAAAUACUUAUGCUGGUGCUGCUCAUAUAGUCAAUAUACCAAAUAAUACACACCUGCUAAAAAUUAGAUAAAUUGCGUGUCACACAUUUAAGACUUUUCGAGUAGAUUUUGAAUGUGUCAGGAAUGUGAAUAACACAAAAUAUUUUUGACCUUUGAUAUCUCAAGUCCUUGUUGAAAUAAACAAUAAAAUCCUACACAUAUGCAGACACAAAACAGAAGUUUACCUCUUUUCAAAGGCCAGUAUUGGCAAGCUGUUCGUGUAGAAAUUUUGGAGGGAAAAGUUGUUAUCUAUGUACCUCAUUUAAAAGUGAACAGAGCUUGGUAGUAAUUUUGACAAGACUGGAUCCAUUUGUACUAUGUUACAGAAUAGAUUCUGUAACACUUACCAGAUUUUUAGCUCACCAGAGCACAAAGUGCUAAAGGUGAGCUAUUGUGACUGGUCAUUGUCAGGUGUGCGUCGUCUGUCAACAUUUGCCAUGUGAAAACUCUAGAGGCCACAGUUGUGACCCAAUAUUUAUGAACUUGGUCAGAAUGUUUGUCUUGGUGAUCUCUAGGUCAGAUUCCAAACUGGGUCAUGUGGGGUCAAAAAGGUCACCAGGUCAAAUCAAAGAAAAAGCUUGUGAACACUCUAGAGGCGACAGUUGUGACCCAAUCUUUAUGAAACUUGGUCAGAAUGUUUGUCCUGAUAAUGUCUAGGACAGUUUGGAAUCUGGGUCAUGUGGGGUCAAAAACUAGGUUGGUAGGCCAGACCAAAGGAAAAGCUUGUGAACACUCUAGAGGCCACAGUUGUGACUCAAUCUUUCUGAAUCUUGGUCAGAAUGUUUGUCUUGAUGACCUCUAAGUCAAGUGCGAAACUGGGUCAUGUGGGGUCAGAAACUAGGUCACUAGGUCGGAUCAAAGGAAAAUCUUAUUAACACUCUAGAGACCACAGUUUAAGUUUGAAACUCAUGAGAAUUAGUCAGAAAGUUUUCCUUGAUGAUGUCUAGGUCAGGUUCGAAUCUGGGUCAUGUGGGGUCAAAAACUAGGUCACCAGGUCAAAUCAAAGGAAAAGCUUGUGAACACUCUAGAGGCGACAGCUGUGACCCGAUCUUUAUGAAACUGUGUCAGAAUGUUGUCCUGAUGAUGUCUUGGAAAGUUGGUAUCUGGGUCAUGCGGGGUCAAAAACAAGGUCAGUAGGCCAGAUCAAAGGAAAAGCUUGUGAACACACUAGAGGCCAUAAUUGUGAUCCAAUAUUUAUGAAAUUUGGUCAGGAUAUUUGUCUUGAUCUCUAGGUCAAGUUCGAAACUGGGUCAUGUGGGGUCAAAAAAUAGGUCAGUAAGCCAGAUCAAAGGAAAAGCUUGUGGACACUCUAGAGGCCACAGUUGUGACUCAGUCUUUAUGAAACUUGGUCAGAAUGUUUGUCUUGAUGAUGUCUGGGUCAGGUUCGAAUCUGGGUCAUGUGGGGUCAAAAACUAGGUCGGUAGGCUAGAUCAAAGGAAAAGCUUUUGAACAUUCUAGAGGCCACAGUUGUGACCCAAUAUUUAUGAAAUUUGGUCAGAAUGUUUGUCUUGGUAAUCUCUAGAUUAAAUUUGAAUCUGGGUCAUGUGGGCUCAAUAAAUAGGUCAGUAGGCCAGAUCAAAGGAAAAGCUUGUGAACACUCUAGGGCCACAGUUGUGACCUUAUCUUUAUGAAACUUGUUCAGAAUGUUUGUCUUUAUGAUCGCUAGGUCAAGUUUGAAACUGGGUCAUGUAGUAUCAAAAACUAGGCCAGUAGGCCAGAUCAACUCUGGUGAGCGAUAUAGGGCCAUCAUGGCCCUCUUAUUUGAUUUUUUGUUAUAACAAAAACAACAACAGCAAUCAUUUUACUGCACAAGAUAUUUGAAACAUUAUAAGAUAGAAAUAGUGUAUUGUGGUUCUUGUUUAACAGGAAAAUAAAUGCUGACAUUCAAGGCAGAUUAUAUAGUAUUGGGACUUCAUUGUCUGCAGUUCUACAUUUAUUUAUAUGGAGACAAAGUUAAUGCUCUUAAAUACUGUAAAAUUAUUUGUCACUUACAAUGAAAAAACCAAAACGCUGUUUUUGUAUUUUUCUUCAAAUUUCCAAAUUCUUAGUCCAGUUUGGAUAAUCAAGGUAGAUGUAAAACUUUAUACAUUUGUAAAGCAAGCUCAUAUGAACUUUAUUAUUUCAUAUAAAUAGUAUUAAUUUAUACAGUUACAAUUUUUUGACUCUAUGAUGUUGGUUAUAUUGCUAUUUUUAUCUGUUUUGUUAGUGAUUGUGUACAUAUAUACAAAGUCAGUAAAACAGUUUGAAUAAC